AUGGCGACGCUCGAAGAUAUAGCGGUUUCAGCAGCUCUUAACAUUCUUACUACCUUCAUUAUAUUAAUAGCAUUUGCAAUAUUAAGGAUUCAACCGUUCAAUGAUAGAGUAUACUUUUCGAAAUGGUAUCUUAAAGGGUUAAGAAGUAGUCCAACGCAUUCGGGGGCAUUUAAGCGGAAGUUUGUGGAUUUGGAUUUUAGAUCAUAUCUAAGGUUCUUGAAUUGGAUGCCGGCUGCAUGCAUGAUGCCGGAACCUGAGCUUAUUGAGCAUGCCGGAUUGGAUUCAGCUGUCUAUUUGCGGAUUUACUUGAUGGGACUCAAGAUUUUUGUUCCUAUUGGAGUCCUUGCUUGUGCUGUUUUGGCGCCGGUCAAUUUUACCAACAGCACAUUAGGCGAAAAAGCCAAGCAAUGGAAAGUAACUUCAAGCGAUAUUGAUAAGCUUUCAACUUCAAAUAUCCCGUUUAAAUCAGAGAGGUUUUGGGCUCAUAUUGUGUUGGCUUACGUCUUUACCUUUUGGACAUGCUAUGUGUUGAUGAUGGAGUAUGAAAAAGUUGCUGCUAUGCGGUUGCAUUUUCUUGCUGCAGAAGGACGACGGCCCGAUCAAUUUACAGUCCUUGUUAGGAAUGUUCCCCCAGACCCAGACGAAUCUGUUAGUGAGCUUGUGGAGCAUUUCUUUUCGGUGAAUCACCCAGAUCACUACCUAACACAUCAGAUGGUAAUCAACGCGAACAAACUUGCCAAAUUGGUGAAGAAGAAGAAAAGGGUACAGAAUUCGCUUGACAACUACCAAAUUAACUAUUCCAAAGAUUCUUCAAAGAGGCCGGUCAUGAAGAAUGGUUUUCUUGGGCUUUGCGGAAAAAGAGUGGAUGCAAUUGAUCAUCACAUAUCUGAAAUUGAAAAAUUGUCACCAAAAGUGAGAGAGAAAAGGGUUGUAGUUGAUCCCCAGUCUAUAAUGCCGGCAGCAUUUGUUUCCUUUAAAACCAGAUGGGGUGCAGCUGUAUGCGCACAAACUCAACAGACCAGAAAUCCAACUAUAUGGUUGACAGAGUGGGCUCCAGAGCCGCGUGAUGUCUACUGGAAAAAUCUGGCAAUUCCAUAUGUUUCACUCAGGAUUAGGAGGCUGAUUAUUGGUGUUGCAUUCUUUUUCCUCACUUUGUUUUUCAUGAUCCCCAUUGCAUUUGUACAAUCUCUUGCAAGCGUUGAGGGAAUUGAAAAAGCAGCACCAUUUCUGAAACCCUUAGUUGAAACCAAGUUUAUUAAAUCAGUCAUCCAAGGUUUUCUUCCUGGUAUUGUGUUGAAGCUUUUUCUCAUCUUCCUCCAGAUGAUAUUGAUGAUUAUGUCUAAAUAUGAAGGCUUUGUAUCUCUAUCAUCUCUGGAAAGAAGAUCAGCAUCUAGAUAUUAUAUUUUCAAACUUGUGAACGUCUUCCUUGGGAGCGUAAUAAAUGGAAAUGCAUUUGAACAGCUAAAUUCUUUUAUAAAGCAGUCAGCUAAUGAAAUUCCCAAGACAGUUGGAGUAGCUAUACCAAUUAAAGCAACUUUCUUCAUAACUUACGUAAUGGUAGAUGGAUGGGCUGGUAUAGCCUUAGAGAUUUUAAGGUUGCAACCACUGAUAAUCUACCACUUGAAGAAUUCCUUCUUGGUGAAGACUGAAAGGGACAGGGAGGAGGCAAUGGAUCCAGGAAGUAUGGGUUUCCAUACUGGAGAACCUCGUAUACAGUUUUAUUUUCUGCUAGGCCUUGUCUAUGCGACAGUGACUCCUCUUUUGCUCCCUUUCAUAAUUGUUUUCUUUGCACUGGCCUAUGUUGUUUUCCGUCAUCAGAUCAUAAAUGUUUACAACCAAGAGUACGAGAGCGGUGCAGCAUUCUGGCCUGAUGUCCAUAAAAGAGUCAUUGCAGCAUUGGUUAUAUCACAGCUGCUUCUUAUGGGGCUGCUGAGUAUGAAGGAAGCUGCUCAAUCAACACCAUUUCUCAUUGCUCUUCCUGUACUUACGAUAUGGUUUCAUAGGUUCUGCACAGGCUGUUACGAAUCUGCAUUUGUUAAAUAUCCUUUACAGGAAGCAAUGAUGAAAGAUACUUUACAACGUGCAAGGGAACCAAACCUUAACGUGAAAGAUUAUCUUCGAAAAGCAUACAUCCAUCCAGUUUUCAAAACUGCUGAUGAAGAUGAAGAUGAAAUUGAUAUGCUCUUUGGAAGCCGGGAAAACGAAAAUGUUUUAAUCCCCACAAAACGCCAAUCCCGUAGAAACACACCAGUACCAUCGCGCAGCGAAAUUAGUGAUGCGUCCUCACAAUCUCCCUCUUUGCCCGACACUGUUCGCGACAGCUCAGAGCCUUGA